AUGAUCAUCGAGUCCACUCCGCAGCUAGGGUUAGUAGCCACUUUACAGUACUUCUGCACUACUGCCACUAUUCAGCUACUUAUUCUCUCUGCCUUCUCUUGGGUUCAGUUCAAGAGUGCAACUACAUCUCUCUCUCUCUCUCUCCAGCGAGAUUCCAGCGAGAUGUCUGUGAUUCCAAAUAAUCAUGUAGCCACUUCAAUUUCAUCAUCAAGUUGUACCUUCUUAGGCCAACACAAACUAUCCACUACUAUCAGAACUAAAAAUGUGUGGCUUCCUGCCAAGUACACUGGAAUCUGUAAAUGUGUUGCAACUCCGGAACAGACUGCUUACACAACCAAGGUUUCUCGCAAUUUCAAUAUUGGUAAACUUCAAGCUGGGUAUCUUUUUCCUGAGGUCGCUCGAAGGAAGACAGCACAUUUAUUAAAGUACCCUGAUGCACAAGUAAUAAGCCUUGGUAUCGGAGACACUACUGAGCCGAUUCCUGAGGUUAUUACAUCUGCAAUGGCUAAGAAAGCAUAUGCACUUUCAACGCGAGAAGGAUACAGUGGUUAUGGAGCUGAACAAGGCGAAAAACCAUUGAGAGCAGCAAUCUGUUCAGAAUAUUAUGCAAACCUUGGGAUAGAGGCAGAUGAUGUAUUCGUAUCUGAUGGUGCAAAGUGUGAUAUUUCUCGCCUUCAGGUCGUUUUUGGGUCUAACGUGACAAUAGCUGUACAAGACCCAUCAUACCCGGCCUAUGUUGAUUCGAGUGUCAUUAUGGGCCAGACUGGUCAGUACCAGAAGGAUGUUGAGAAGUUCUCCAACAUUGAGUACAUGAGGUGCACCCCAGAAAAUGGUUUCUUUCCUGAUCUGUCCACUGUUUCAAGAACCGACAUCAUUUUUUUCUGCUCACCCAACAAUCCAACUGGUGCCGCUGCAUCUAGAGAGCAACUGACACAAUUAGUACAGUUUGCUAAAAAGAAUGGGUCAAUUAUCGUCUAUGAUUCUGCAUAUGCGAUGUAUAUGUCUGAUGAUUACCCAAAGUCUAUAUUUGAAAUCCCUGGAGCAAAAGAGGUUGCAAUUGAGACCGCAUCAUUCUCCAAAUACGCUGGGUUCACUGGAGUGCGUCUAGGUUGGACUGUAAUUCCUAAAGAUCUUUUAUUUUCUGAUGGAUUUCCUGUAGCCAAGGACUUCAAUCGCAUUGUGUGUACUUGUUUCAAUGGAGCAUCCAAUAUUUCCCAAGCUGGUGGUUUAGCCUGCCUUACCCCAGAGGGCCUGGAGGCAAUGCAAGAGGUCAUUGGGUUCUACAAGGAGAAUACCAAAAUUAUAAUGGAGACAUUCAUUUCGCUUGGUUUCAAAGUUUAUGGAGGAAAGAAUGCUCCGUAUGUAUGGAUCCACUUUCCUGGCCAAAGUUCUUGGGAUGUUUUUAGCGAGAUUCUUGAGAAGACACAUGUUGUUACCACACCUGGUAGUGGUUUUGGACCUGGUGGUGAAGGUUUUGUCAGGGUAAGUGCCUUUGGUCAUCGGGAAAAUGUUGUUGAAGCAUGUAGAAGAUUCAAGCAGCUAUACAAGUGAACACUUCAUGCCUGCAUCUAAAUUAUUAUGCUUUUGGAGACUAUUAAUAGAUAUUUAAGGUGUUUGAGAAGAAGCCAAGUUAUCGUCAUGAAAAUUUCAGCGUCUGUUCUAUUGAACGGGUAGAGAUAUGACAACAAUAAGGGGAUAAUACCUAGGAGUAGGUCUCUGCAUUCAAAUUCCUGAUUGAGAACUGAAGUUGUGUAGUAGAUUAUCAGGAAAUAAUACUGUUGAAUUUUGUGCCUGUGUUACCAUGGAAUGCAAAACUGAAAGUUGUAACUUUUUUUCCCCAA